UAUAUAGGCGUGUGUUCUUGAGGAAUGCAACCAUAUAUAUAUAUAUAAAGAAUUGCGUUGCUGGAGUAUUUCAGGAUUUUCAAAUUUAUUCACCCUUCAACGAGCUUCGAUUCGUCGACACUAUGCCCAUCAAAUGGAUUUUGCACUGGCAGCCCAACCCGGGCACGACGGUGAACACCCAAAUCCUCUCAGAAGUGUCUCAGUGCGCUGAGAGCAUCAAUGGCGUUAAAGAAGGGCGCUGGAAAACCACUCUCAGUUUCUACAAAGCCAUGGUCAGAGAACAAGCUAUUGCGAAUGACUUUCCUCGUGAUUUUGUGGGGAUUUCGCUUGCGGAGCAGCCCGGCAAAUAUUUCUUAGUAAUUAGAGGGCAGCGUCUUGUAGUGGAGGCGGAGUCGAGUAUUCAGAUGAUAAUGGAGAAACUACAAUCUUAUAAAACACGAGUUGCUCUUAAUUUUGAGGGAAACCAAUAUCAACUUGGCGACUUUCAGUUGCGAGUAGGGAAGGUUGUCCCAAUGAACUCGGAGAAUUUGAGGGGCAUAGUUAUGGAGAUGGAGUAUGUACCGAUUUCAUCGUGGGAGAAAUCACGCGAAAUCAUGGGCGAUUUCUUUGAACUUUGGCAAGAAGCCCUCUCAAAAAGAUCGUUACCGGGUCAUUUUGUACACAACGAACCAAACUUUGCAGAAUACGGCCUCCCGGAUCAGUACGGGAUGCAGCACACAGCUAUCCAGUAUGCCAAUAUCACUGCUCAAAUUGUAGCAACUUCUCAGUCAGUACAGGCCCCUAGAAACUAGAUUUCCAAACAUUCACCAUUUUCCAUGUUUCCUCUAUAUUUGCAACUCCUCAAUUAGUGGCUAUGUGAAAUUCAAUUGAUAAUACACUUCUCCUUCGAUUAA